ACCCGACAAGACGUCAGAGUGCAGAAAGGUGGCCUUGUGUAGGUGAUUAUACACGUCCUUUAAAUCUGAAGCUCCUCCUACGAUAGACCUUUUGAUCGGGCGGAUAGGUGUAUAAAUAGGACUAAAUCGAAAGCAUUGCAGCUGACUGAGGUUGCUAUCAGCGGCGGGAACAUCUAGAUCCUACAUAUUGUCUGACGUAUCAAAUAUUCUGCAUUAUUUACAGAGGAUACCUUCAAAUUUUGGAUCGGGAAUUUAUUGAUUGUGAAAGAACGAUACCAUUCAAAUUGAUUGUGAAAGAACGAUACUAUUUAAAUCGCAAGGGUACGUUUUCCCCAAGAUGUUUACAAAAAAACCAACGUCCAUUAAUGACACUAUGCGUAGAAAAAACCAAAAAGACAUGGAUCUGAAAUUGAUUGUGGUUGGGGAUUCGGGGAUUAGAAAGACAACGCUGGUGGAGAGCUACUGUCUUUGUCAUGGCAAAGACAACAUCGACCGAAACAACCAUAUGUUGUACUAUCAACACACAAUCUCCAACAAAGAGGGAAACUGGAAUCUCAAAAUAUUUGAUACCGCAGGACAGGAAAGAUACAGAAGUGUGACGUCGUCAUACUACAGGGGGGCCCAGGGCUGCAUCAUUGCGUUUGAUCUCUCACAGGAAACAUCUUUCGUUAAUCUUGAGAACUGGUAUAACGACAUGCUGAAUGUCUGUAACGGCAGUGAAAUAUCUGCAACUCUCGUGGGGAUUCAGCGAGAAUCUCGUGAGAAAGUCGUGUCUACUGAUCGAGCUCAGAAGUUUGCAGAAUAUUUAAAUUUAACGUACGUUGAAGUGAACUUGAAUCUACAAAGUGAAAUCAACGACGUCUUUAACAAUUUGGCAAAAACUGUUGUGCAAAGAAUUCAAUCCAGAGAACCCGUGACCAGCAUGUCGACAUUGACAAAGACAAACAUUUCCAGACUCGUUAUAAAGGCGGAGUCUAAAGUUGGGUGUAACUGCUGUUAGACAGGGGGCUUAUAGUUAGCGACUUUUGUGUUCUUGUGCCAAAAUUACAUUUAUGACAUUAAUUUAUGUAUCAGAAUCUCUUCAUCUGCAUACACAUCAUAAAAUUUCAUCUCUAACAUCAACAUGCCUAACGAAUAAUUACAAUGUGAUGUUGUAAUGUCUAUAUCAAUGUGCAAUAAAAUAUUCAUACCGAU